AAACAUACUUUAUAAAAGAACAUUUAAUAGAUUUUAAAUGGUUUGGGUGCCUCAAUGGCAUGUGACCGUUUCCAUGACAACGUGCUUUCACACAACAUGGAGUUCCUGCAGUGGGAUUGUGUUGCUGUUGCAAACUGGAUUGAGUCUUUAGGAUUUCCACAAUACAAGGCCUGUUUCACUGAGAAUCACAUCAGUGGACGAAAGCUCAUUUUUGUAAACUGCAGCAAUUUGCCCAAACUUGGAAUUGUGGAUUUUAAAGACAUGCAGGUCAUCUCUGCUUGUGUGCGUGAGCUGCUGGGGAUCACAGAGGCCCCGUGGAGCCGCAGCAUCGCCGACCCUCCGCGGGACGCCACGGCCCUGUUCCUGGAGAGGAAGAGCCGCACCGGCGAGCGCGCAGACGGACUCACCUACCAGCAGUUUUUGUCUGAAAAGCAUGUGUGAAAUCCCAGCAUGACUCAUGGACGGGGAGGACGUGUCACAGUCGCUUCCUGUCAGCAGCUCUCAGGGACCCUCGCAGGAGGUCAACGACCUUGACAUUAACACCAGAAAACGGGCGGUUUUGUGGUCAGUGAGCAAUAAGUGACAUUUCCAUGAGACAAUCCUGAAAAAAAGACCUGAAACUUUACCUUUGAAGGAUCAAAAUCCAAUAGAUCAACUGAAUGUGUUAUACAAGGAUUAAAGAUCCACUUAAAACGUUA